GAAAUAGAAAAUAGAUUAUUUCAAGGUAACAAUACUGCUCUUGUGAAAAUUUCAAACCAAAUAAAUCACGGUAACAUCUACUGCAAUGAUGAGGUGCUUGAAUAUAAUGAUACGAAACCAAAGCGGCCUUUUCUUAAACGCGGGGAGGGUAUUAAGCAGCGUUAUAAAAUUUCUCCGGAGUCACUGCGACUGAAUAAUUUACCACGCUAUAAAUACGCUACAACACAUCCAAAAAUUAAAAACUUGCAUCGACGCAGACUAGCUCCUAAAGCAAAGCCUUCACUGGAAGAUGCAAACGAAAAACCAAAAUCAGUCGAAACGCUUAAGGAAUUAAUUAAGCAUGAUGAUAAUGAAAAACAAUUCGAACGAAUGUUGACUCAAUCAAGGCCUGGCUAUAGCUCAACACCUGAUACCAAAUAUUCAAAAACUGCCUUCUCGUCAAUUUCUAUUACUCUACCAAGUGUAAGAUUGCCUCAAGGUGCAACCAUUAAUUCAAACUCAUGUGAAAAAUAUGAUGAAAAUUAUAGGGAACAAGUUGAGCCCUUUGUCGCCAUAACUUGGUCAAAAGUACUCGACUCGCAACAAAUAAAUCCAAUUCCAAUAAAUGAAAUUCGAGCUAUUACCGCUAAAACAGAAAAUGAGAUGAACCCUAGUAAAAAUAACAACAUAGAAGAUGAUGAAAACUUAAGCAUUUUUGAACUUCUAGAGCGACAAGCAGCUCAAGGAGCAAUCGACAUGAACUCUAGUUGUGUGAAAAAAUUUAUGGAUCAGAAAGUUCAUUCUGAGCAGAAUGCGGAGGACGAAAUUGAAAUUCCUAUAGGCAAGCGCUAUACAAAUGACAGUUUGCGACCUGCAGUUGAAGAAGUUCUGAGAGACGAUUCAGAUGAUGAUCAUAGUUCUGAAGGAAUUGAAGAGAAAAGUGUACGGUGUCAAACGCCUGGGAUUUCUACUUACCUUAGUGAUGAAUCGAAAACUGAUUCAACAUUAAACGUCGAAAAGGCGGAUUUACAUGUUCGUUUUUCCGAGCAAAACACCACUUGUGAAUAUUAUAAUCGUGAUGACAUAAUAUCAAAUAGCUCAAUAAUGUUGGAAGAGGAAACAUCAUCCAAUACGAAUUCCGACUUAUUUCAUCAGUUCAAGGAUGCACUCCUUAGCGCAUUGCUAACUAAGGGCGAUGGUGACGGCAACAGUACAGAAAAGAAACUAGUGAUGCAAUCACCACCAUCUGCGCUUACGCAAGAGCUGCAAGAAAAAAGUAAUAUAAUCAAGUUAAGACUCGAAGAGCUGGAAAAGGAAAUAGCCGUAUUCAAAAACAACAAUAUGGAAUUAAUGCGCGCUAAGCAGGAGUAUGAAAUGGAACGUGCACAUUUCAGUCAGGAACGUAAUGAAGCGCUGGAUCGAUUAAAAGACGAUAAAAUUCAAAUGGAAAUGUAUCUUCACGACGAACGUAUGAAAAUUGAAGAAGAAAGACGAAAAUUUGAAAAUCAAAUACGCGUGCAGAAACAAACAUUGGCCAAUAAAGAGCGGAAAGAAAUUGCUCGUCUAAGAGAAGAAGUGGAAAGCUUACAAAUUCAGCUAAAGCAAAAGGAUCAAUUACAUGCAUCUGCGCAGGCGCGAUUACGUGUGCAAAUCCGUAACUUGGAACGUGAUCAAAAGCAAUUAUAUGAUGAUAUUGAACGCUUGACAAAGGAAAAUAAGCGUCUGCAAAAUGAAAAACAAAAACUUGAGCGAGAAGGCAACAAUAAAAUGCUAAUGGAAAUAAACAGAAACAUCGCUAAGUUAGCACCAAAAUUGGCGGCAGCUAAUUCGUGCAAUACGAGCCCGGAAUAUCCCGAUUUGAAUACUAGCUCACAUAGUAAAAACAUGAAAACGACAAACUCACCCAAAGACAUUCCAAAAUCAAACGGAAAAGUUCAACGGUUAUUGAAGGCACCACCGAACACUCGUAAUACCAGCAAAACAGAUAUAACGAUCGAUGACGGAAAUUCAUGUACUAUGCAUAAGACUGAAAAGCCCAUUCGACAAUUUGAAUCCGAAGCUGAGCUUGCAGAUGACGAUGAUGAUGAUAUUAUUUCCGAACUUCAAAUGACUCGUAAUAGCAGAAGUGUAAAAUCGUUUCAGGGUUCAUCGCGUUCAAACACAUCGAGAGAAACUGUCGUUUUAAAAUUCGAAAGAAAUAAGGAUGAGGAUGUGCAAAAGGAUAAAGUGGAAUCAAUAGCUGGAAGUUUUGAUAACGAAAAGGGAAUCGAUAAAUGCCGCACCGAAACAAGUGAAAAUUAUCGACGAGAAAUUAUCAAUCCAGAUGGUAGCAAGGACAUUUGGUACCCGAAUGGUAAUUUAAAAAAAAUUUCUUCCGAUGGAAUGAACAUAAGGAUGUUAUAUUUCAAUAAAGAUAUAAAAGAAACGAAUGUCAAUGAAGGCACAGUUAAAUAUUACUUUGCCGAAACAAAUACCUGGCAUACAACGUAUUUGGAUGGAUUAGAAAUUAUCGAAUUUCCGAAUGGUCAAACAGAGCAUCGGUAUAAAAAUGGUGUCGUUGAAAUUCAUCUUCCAGACCAUUCCGUAAAAAUUAUCAAUCCCUCAGAAAAAGAUAAAUUAGAGGAGUGGCGUUUUGCUGAUGGCACAAACCUGAUACAAAUGAGAAAUGGCGAUAAAGUUUUGAUGUUACCCAACGGUCAAAGGGAGAUACAUACGAAACUCAAUAAACGUAGGGAAUACCCCGAUGGCACUGUCAAGCUUGUUUACCCUGAUGGAAGCCAAGAGACGCGGUACUCUAAUGGACGCAUACGAUUGAAAGAUAAAGACGGAAACCUUGUGAUGGAUACCGAGAGGACAUAAAAUAAAUAUGUGGUGUGGGAAGUUAUAUCAGCUCUGUGUUACUUGUAAAAUUAGUACAUACUGUAAACUAACUUUAAAAAAAUUACUCGUGUUUGUACAAACAAAAACAUUUUUAUUAAGACAUCCUUUAGAAAAUAAACAUAUGAUAAAAAUUAUUUUAAACAAAUUAGUCAAACUUUCCAUUAGAAAUAGGAUCGUCUUCUUCCUCUGGCGGAUCAAAAUCUCGUAUUUUCACAUCGGCGUCCUCUCCAUAUUGUAUGACAUUGUCUAUUUGAAGAAGUAAAUCCUGUAUACUUUCCUCAUCGUCAAUGUUCAAGGGAACAAA